CAUAUAUCUACUUUAAUAAACUUUUUAAAAAACCAACGUCUCACACCACACCUGGGUAAAAAAUCUUAUCUUUGAGUAAAUACACGUGAGGGUCACAAGUGAACAACAUAGUUACCUGCUGAAAAACAUCUUUACCUUUGAAUACAUGUGAGUCACAACCUGAUCAACAUAGUCACCUUUUUUUUAAAUUUGUAUACACCCGAGAGCCACAGUCACGUGUUUUAAAAUAUAUCAACCUUAUCUUUGGGUCUGCACACGUGCCAGUCACAGUCACAACCUACAGUCACUAAAGGUCACACCCAAAAGGUCAACAAAGAGGUCACAGUCACUUAUCACUGAUCACGUUUAAAAGAACGUGACAAACUGACAGUCACAGUCACAACGUGAUCAUCAUAGUCACGUGUUUAAAAAACAAUUUAUGUGUAUAAAUACGUGGAAAAAUCUGACCACACUCACAAAUUUUUACCAGUCUCAGAGAAAGUUAGACGAAUCCAAACAAAACAUGGAAGAAUACCAGCAAAAUCUCAUUAAAUCCAAUUACUCCACACUGGUGAAGGAAAUGAAGGCCAUUCCUGUAGCUGGAUAUCUCAAGAAAGACCACAUUAUUACAGACGAAAUGCAACAAGAAAUACAGUUUGAAAAAACUACCUACAGUCGUAACAGGAAAUUACUCAGCAUCAUUUUGAGAAGAGGACCCAAAGCCUUCCAUGGGCUAAAGAGAGCCCUUUUAAAAGCUAGUCAACAUAACUUAGCCAAGAUGUUGAAUAAGGAAGACAGCGAGCCCUCUGACUACCAAAAAAAGUUAUCCAUGACUCGAUCUUUUCUCGUCAACACCGCAGAGAAAAGACAGAAAAACUUUGAAUCAUGCAGCUCAAAUGUUCAACCUCAACAGUCUCAGGAAACACGAUGCAAAAUCAAUUUAGACAACUUUAGUAAACUCUAUCUCACAGCCCUGCCUUACCAAGCUGAAAUCAUGGUACACAUCCGUCACUUUUCUGAAUCUAACGGAUUUCAAUUCCCAACAAAGAAAGGGGUUGUCUUCCCCUUACCCCGUUGGCUGAAAUUUGAAUGUCUCCUGGAUGAGAUUGAAGAAUAUCUACAGAGCCAUAGGAGCCAGGAAGAUGAGAUGAAGUGGCACAUUGGCGGUGGUGUCUACGUUUCCCUAUCCCCCGAUUUCCCAACGGUAGACAUUAGACACUACUGGAAACCAGAUGAUGCAAAUGAACCAAUUCCAACAAAGAAAGGGAUCACAUUGAACAGAGUAAAAUUUGAUAGACUUAGAUCCGCAGUGUAUGAAUUACGUGAGAAUGUGCCUGAACUGAAUGACGCUCAAAUAUGUAUGUUGAGCGAAUCCCAUCAAAGUCAGUUGGGGGUACUUGGUUGUCCAGAAUGUUCCCCCUUCGGUUAUGAAGCACAUCAAGAGCCGAUGGAAACUGAGCCAAGUGAAUCCCAAAACUCACUGACUAUUAAUGUAGACUAUGAAUAA